AUGUGGCGUAAGCGCCGCGGCUCGAUGAGCAGCGGUAGCAAUACAGCGCGAGAUUCCCCGAGUCCAAUGCCUUUUACUUCACUUACAAGCACUCCAUCUUCCAUAUCGAUGACGACUACAAGUCCAUUCUUUGGUAGUGAUCCCAAUGCUACCGAUCGUGUCCUUAUUUUUCGUCUUGAAGUCCCAACACCUGGUCCAUUAGGUCUUGAUUUACGAGCACGACAUAUUGAACGGGACAAACCUCAACGUGGGGCUGUUGUGAAAGGAUUUCGUCCACUUGAAGGUGGUAAACCAGGUUACGUGGAAUCGACUGGUCGUGUGAAAAUGGGUGAUAUUCUGCAGGUUUUACAUGAAACUCCAAUUGAUGAUAUGCCCUUUGAACAGAUUGUCAAACAUGCGAUACAAUUACAAAAAGACGCGACGGUCUGGCCAUUGUCAAUGGAAUUUCGACGUGAACCAGAGAAAAAUGAAAGCAACACUCAAGCAGCGGCUUCGUCAUCGACAAAACCACGACGGAACAGUUUUUUUCGAUCGUCGAUUUCCAUGUCAAAUCCUGUGCAGGAUGGAAACUUUAACGAGAAAUUACAGUACUUUCGUGGCUUUUUUGCGACGAGGAUACCUACUGGUGGUGCUGCACUCAAGGAAAAGGAGAAACCACCUAAGCCACAGAGAUGGGAGACGGUGGAUGAAAUGUACCGGGAGUUGAUGUCGAAGCGUGGAGUGCCAGAGGACGUCAUGGACGAACUCAUUCGGAUUGAGUCGCUCGAAACCAAGUGGCACGUCGUUUGGUACGCCCAGCAAAAUGAUAAUGAGGAUAAUACAAAAUCAAACGCAACCCAGGCUGAGAAGUUUGCAGAGAAUUUGGUAGAGCUGAAAUGGGAUAACAAAGGCUUGAAAGACCUUGAGACGCUCCGUGCCAAAUUAUCGAUUGCGUCGACUGACUGGCUCGAAGCUUUUUUGGCGCAUUUUGGGUUGGACUAUCUUACGAUGAAACUUCCUGAUCCGUCUCCAUUCCCGAUCGAGCAUUCCAAGCACGAAAAAGCUACGCGCGUGUGCGAGGUAAUUCUACGGAUCUUGCGGUCACUUACUCAUUUUACAGCAGGUGUGGAGGCAAUCACCAACACACCAGGACUUGUUAAGCGAGUGGCCCUGUGCUUCCAUACGGAAAAUGGAGACGUGAAGAAAUAUACACUGCAGCUGCUUGGAAUUGUGUGCUACAAUAGCGCGGAGGGGCAUGCCGCUGUUAUUGAAGCGUUUGACCACUAUAAGGAAACAAAAGGCGAGAAUAUUCGCUUUAGCUGUUUGCGGGAUGCGCUCAAAUCGACGCGGUACUCGUUGGUAUUCAAGGAAGAUGUGCUGAGUUUUGUGAAUAUUAUUGUAAACAAGGCCAUUCGAUUGGAAGACCGAUUAGCGAUUCGUUCCGACUUUAUGGCGCUCAAGAUGGCUGGUUAUUUUGAAGAAAUCCGGGCCAAAUCUCUAGCUGUACAGCGCACAAAGUAUCCUCUCGCUAGUUCUGCUACUACCGUGUUGCCCGAAGAAGGGUCUAAUGGAGCAAUAUCUCCGGUCUCUGGCGCUCCGAUGACUCCCUCACCGAUUCCAAACAAGCAUAUUGCAAAGAAUACACCGUCGCCUGUUUUGAGCAGCCGGUCCUCAGGAUCACCUGUCACUGGGCGGGGAAUGUGCAUAGGAACCCCUGUCACUAAACUCGACUCCUUGAAGGCUCUCGGUGGAAAACGAUCCUCGAUUCGAAAGGGCAGGGAUGAUCAAAGCGGCACCCGCCAUUCAGUAAGCAAGAGCGCACCACCAUCUCCUAUAGAUCGAGAAAUGGCAUCACUUUCUCCUGAUGGUGCCAUAUCCCGUUCAUCGCUUCCUCUGGAUAUCAAGGGUGCGCAUCGAUUUGGAAAUGGAGGGAAUAGCAUCAUCAGCAGCUCGGUCACGCAGCUUCGGAAUCAGCUGGACAACAUGGAGAAACAAAUCGAUGUGUUCGAGCAGUUCAUGGAGGAUGACCGGAAGGACACGAUUUAUGAGCAAACAGAUCUGGCCUCAGUAGACAGUGUGUACCGAUCUCUAUUCGACAGUGUGACGAACGAUCCUGAGCUUCAAGCAUGUUUUCUGUCGAUUUUACAGCAAUUACUCUUUAUUCCAGGCGAUCGCGUGAUUGGGAAGGAGAUGUGGGCAAUGUCGGAAAAGGUUGUAAAGCAAAUCACGCUAUUAGCUCCGGUCGAGGAAGUACGCAACUUUGAUCUCGGAUACGACGACCGCAAGACGUUGUUAAAGAUGCGAGACCGCUAUGCACAGUUUUUACAGAGGUGUGCCGAUGAAGAUCCUGCGUUUCACUUUCGUAUGGGUCCGAUUAUUUUGAUUGAUAAUAUGGAUCGGGAUCAUGACGACCUUGCGCUUUCAGAUGCGACAGCAGAGGAAACUGACGAGGAAGAUGCACCUUUGCGUGUGGCUGCACAUGAUCACCCGGAGUUGAUGAAAUAUUUCAAAAUCCUCAAGAUGGGAAUGCCAAUGGAACAUGUACAACUCAAGAUGAGAAGCGAAAUGCAAACCUUCGAUCCAUCGAUUUUGGAAACUCCUGACAAGUUGGUCCAGCUUUCGAAACCGGAUGGAGAAACGGAGGUGAAGGGAACACGAGCUGAUGGACAUAAAAAGUAUGCGAAGUUCUUUAAGCUGAAGAAAAUGGGCAUGCCGUUGCCACAGAUCCAGCUAAAAAUGUCUGCAGAGGGACUUGACGGCUCGAUUUUGGAGACGCCAGAACUCCUGCUUGACGAUGACUGUAACGAAGUAAAAAAGGAUGCAACUGAUACAGGUUUUGCUGGUGUUCCAGUAAAGGAGCACGAGAAGUAUGCUAAAUUCUUCAAGCUGCUAAAAAUGGGAAUGCCUCUUGAGCAUGUCCAGGUCAAGGCAUCAUCGGAAGGACUGGAUGCAACUUUAUUGAGCACACCUAAUCAACUUUUGGACGAGGAAGGCAAAGCGAUCGUAGCUGGUCGAUUGGAUCAACCGCCGCGGGGAAUCCCUGUGAAAGAUCACAAAAAAUUUGCCAAGUUUUUCAAGUUGAUGAAGAUGGGUAUGCCGCUGGAACAAUUUAAGCUAAAAGCGUCUGCGGAGGGAUUGGACGGCGACUUGCUGUUGACCCCAGAUGUCCUUUUACAUGAAGAUGGAAGCAGGUUUGUCGCAGGGGUGGUUGUGAAAGGAGUUCCAGUGAAGGAGCACGAGAAGUUCUCCAAGUUCUUUAAGCUAAUGAAGAUGGGAAUGCCGCUUGAACAUAUCAAAGUGAAAGCGUCAGCUGAAGGCUUGGAUGGUGAAUUGAUUUCUACUCCUGAUGUGCUAGUAGACGAGGAUGGAAAGAAAGUGGAGGCAGCUACGGAGCAGCCGAAGGGCAUACCCGUGAAGGACCACGAAAAUUUUGUCAAAUUCUUCAAGCUUUUGAAGAUGGGGAUGCCCAUGGAUCACGUGAAGUCAAAGUUGUCGUCUGAGGGUCUUGAUGCCAACCUGUUAGAAACACCCGACAAGCUGGUUGACAAGGACGGAAAGGCAAUGAAGGAUGAGGUACCCGUUGUGAAGGCCAUACCUGUAAAAGAGCACGAUAAGUUUGCCAAAUUUUUCAAGCUGAUAAAAAUGGGUAUGCCACUAGCCCACAUCAAGCUUAAGGCAGUGUCGGAGGGACUGGACGGUAACCUUCUCGACACACCUGACAAGUUGGUAGACGGGGAUGGAAAGGAAAUCAAGGUAGGUGGCGGGAAGAUGGUGAAGGCAUCGGAACACCAGAGCUACGUUAAGUAUUUUGCGCUAUUGAAGAUGGGCAUGCCGCGUCCACAGCUCGAGCUGAGGAUGAGCGCGGAGUCGUUGGACCCGAAAGUAUUAGACACACCCGAUGCGAUGAUCUCGGAGGUUUUGUCUGCUGCUACAGCUUCAAAGGCACCGGCGAAACUUGUCGUGACGGGACCUCCCAAGCCUAAGCUUCGGAACUUGUAUUGGGAAGCAGUUAAGAACGAGGAGACUGCUGGUACGAUUUGGGAAAAUUUUGUGGAAGAGGGAAAGAAGAAGAAUGAUGUUGCAGCGCCAGCCGGUCCGCCAAGCGUUGGGGAUCUGUUUGCUGUACGAUCAAAGGCACAGAAGCCCACACCCACAGCACCGAAGAAGGACGUUUUGGACAAAUUUGUUGACCAACUAUCAGAUAUAUUUGCGAAUAAGCCUGCUAAAGCAAAGGAAUCAGAGACGAAGAAACCCAUGAGGCGGCGAGCACCAACUCGUGUCGCAUUGAUAGAUGCGAAGCGCGCGAAUAAUAUAGGUAUCAUGCUGGCACGUUUUCGACUGCCGUACUACAAGCUUCGAAAUGCUGUGCUGCUGGUCGACAAGGAGCUUCUCUCUGUUGAGCGGGUAUCUUCGCUUCUUCAAUUCGCCCCAGAAGGCGAAGAGCUGGAUGCGAUACAAGGUUACACGGGUGAUCCUAAGCUUCUGGGUGAUGCGGAGCAGUACUUCCGUGAGAUGAUGUGCAUUCCGCGGUUAACGACUCGGUUACAAGCAAUCCAUGCUACGUGGCAGUUUGACUCGUACGUCGAAGAACAACGCAAGCUGAUGGAGUCUGUUUUGAAUGCGUGUCGCGAGUUGCAAGCUUGCGAUGCUUUAAAGGAGAUAUUCCGCGUUGUGCUGUCACUAGGAAACGCUUUGAACGAUGGUACAUCGCGUGGUGGAGCAAAAGGUUUUCGUUUGAGCAUAUUGCUCAAGCUGAACCAGGUGAAGGCAGCGGAUAACUCAAUCAAUCUACUGAACUACGUCGCCAAGGUAUUACGUGCGAAAGACCCAGCUAUCCUUGAUUUUGACAAGAGUCUGCCGUCUGUCGAGAGCGCAAGCCGUGUCACCAUACAGGUGCUAAAGGCAGGUGAAAGUGCAGUGCGUAAAGCUGCGAAUUUAAUAUGCAACGAGCUGGAGGUGCAUGCGAAAUUACCAGAAAAAGAGUAUCCACAGCCUGAUGUUGUGCCAGAGUCGGAGCACGAACCGAUAAAGAUUUCCGAUCGUUUCCAAGACGUUGUGAAUCCCAUUGCUGUCCGUGCAAAAAUGACUUCGGAGCAAAUAGCAAAAGACCUGGAAAACGUGACGAAACGAUUUGAAGAGACGGCCUCGUAUUAUGGUGAAGACCCUUCAAGUCCUGAUUCUGGACCUGAUGCGUUUUUUUCUAUUUUUUACUCCUUUGCCAAGGUCCUUCAGUCCGCUGAUCGUGACAAUGAGCGCAAACGAAUUGCCGAAGAACGAAAAAUUCGUCGUGAGGAGGAGACACGAAAACGGUUGGAAGAGCUCAAACUGAAGAAGAAAAAGAGUAGUUUUGCAACGUUGAAGACGGGUGAUGUGGAUGAUAUUGUGUCUAAGAUUCGAGCCAAACGUGUCGAGGAAAAACGGCGAGAGAUGCUGGCAAAUGGAUCAGUGGGACCUCCAACGUCGACGGGGUCUAAUCGUUCACCUUCGUGUCAAUUGCAAAGUACCGGUUUAGUUACGGACUCGGAAUUGCCAACACCAGCCAUGGAGGCCGUAUAA